AUGGGUUCAAUAGGUGGAGCGUACUCGCCCAAUUUUUACGACAACAAGCACUACAUAAACGGCGAAUAUGUUACCUCGAAAAACAAGGAAACGUACACAGUCUGGAACCCAAAGAAUGGAGAAGUCAUAUCAGACCAGAUGGCUAUCGCUGGCGAAGACGACAUCAACGCAGCAGUCGAGGCCGCAGAAGCAGCCUACAAUGGUGCUUGGAGUAAAUUCAGUGGGCAACAGCGUGCCGCAUGCCUAAUGAAGCUUGCUGCCAUCAUGGAGGAGAAAAUGGCCGAUAUACUGACCUUGGACUCCCAAUCCUCCGGUAACCCAGUGUCCAUGAUUGCGACCCGAGAGAAGAACUACAUCAUCACAGCCAUCAAGUACUACGCUGGGUGGACUGACAAGCAGAAAGGCGAUUAUUACCCCGACGACGACGGAUUCGUCAAGAUCGUCCGACAUGAGCCUCUCGGUAUUUGUGCGGCAGUCAACCCUUUCAAUGCGCCCGUGGCAACCUUCAUCUUCAAAGCAGCUCCAGCUCUGGCAACUGGCAACGUCCUGAUUGUUAAGCCCUCAGAGAAAACCCCAUACGGCUCAUUAGCUUUGGCACCACUAUUCGAAGAGGCUGGUUUCCCCAAGGGAGUCAUUCAAUGCGUGUCCGGCGGUGGUUCGACUGGAGCAAUCUUGGCGAGCCAUAUGAAGAUCCGAAAAAUCAGUUUCACUGGAAGUGUACCGACAGGCCAGAAGAUCCAGAUCGCCGCAGCCAAAAGUAAUCUCAAGCGAGUCACCUUGGAGCUUGGUGGAAAGAGUCCGGCUGUUAUCUUUGAAGAUGCUAACCUUGAUAACGCCUUGACAUGGACUGUCAAUGCUCUGCUGGCGAGAUCUGGCCAGGUCUGUGUUGCAGCGACCCGAAUUUACGUGCAGAAGUCGAUUGCAGAACAAUUCAUUGAGAAAUAUGUCGCGAAGGUCAAGGAGGCUGCUGGGCGACUUGGCGAUCCUCAAGACCCUAACACCGGUCUGGGACCGCUGGUCGAUCACCUAGCCUUGGAAAGAGUCACAGGUAUGAUCGAACGAGCAAAGAACGAUGCCGAAUUAGUGGCAGGAGGAAACCGAAAAGGAGACAAGGGAAGCUUCGUUGAACCAACCGUCUUCUUGAACCCCAAGGCUGGCUCGGAAAUCAUUGAGAAGGAAGUCUUUGGCCCUGUCUCGGUUGUCAAGACGUUUGAGACUGAGGAAGAAGUCAUUAAGCUUGCCAACGAUACCGAGUAUGGUCUGAUGGCGGGUGUCUUUACAAGAGACGUGACACGGGCAAUGCGUGUCUCGGCCAAGCUCGAUGCUGGUGUCGUUGGCGUCAACUGUGUCAGCUAUAUGAACAUGCAAGCUCCUUUUGGAGGAAAGAAGUCUUCCGGCAUUGGACGAGAAUUUGGUGAAUAUGCUCUUCGGGCUUUCACAGAACCAAAGACGGUGCUUAUCAAUAUGAGCGCAUAG